UCGUUUUAACUUUUGGUCGAUGAGUAACUAUGAGGUAGAGUGGUCACAAGGCUAUGAUUGUCUCCUGCUCGACCUGCUGGCCAGGCUCGUCCUCGCCUCUGCUUGCUAGAGCAGGAGGGACAGCACAAAUUAUGGCUGAGCCUGUGGAGGAUGAUGUGAGUUACCUUGGAUCACAAGAGGUAGCAGACUAUAUAUCCCCCAAUAAAGAGAACACCCCUGCCACACAGUACCAGAACACGAAUUCUGAUCCAAGAACACCAGACCUCAAAGCAACUGGGGCCUUCAGAACACCCUUGGUGUCUUCACAGGGUAAACAGGAUAAGAAGACAGUUGGGCGUGUCUUACCCACCGGAGGUGCAGAACGAGUUUCUCCUUACAACUCAAGCAGUCCAGUCACAAGUCCACGUACCCCAGACAGGAACCCAAAUUACAACAUUGAUGCCUCAGGCUCUACUUAUGCAUUACAGGUUGCUCUCAGAAACAUGAAGGAGCGAUACCACAAACUGCAGAAGAAAAUGGCCCUUAUAGAAGAUGAUAACCAAAGGCUUAUUAGUGGCAAGUCUGAGCUUUUUGGCGAAAUUGGAAAACUACAGGAAAACAGUAUCAAGCUCCGUGAGAAAAACCUGCACUUGAAUCAAGAGAUUCACAAUAAACAUCAGGAAUGUUGUUCACUGAAGGAAAAGUUCUCCGCUCUCUCGACGGAGAACAUGAACCUGACUAGACAGCUGGCGAGAACUGCACAGGAAAACAGGAAGUUAACAAGACAGGUUAAUCAGAUGAAUGAUGAAAAUCGUCGCCUUAGAGAAAAGCUUAGUCUGAUAACCACUCAAGUGAAAGCCCUCCCAGGAGGGGCAUGCCUAGCCAUGUCAGUGUCAGAUGUUGCAAGUCCACCAAGAACAAAGAUUGUUCCCCUCUCAGAGGAGCUUGAUAGUUUUGAUGAUCCGCCUUCAAGAUUUCUUUCAUCAUUAAAGGAUACAUUAGAUGAAUUUGAACAGAUUAGUAGUAGUGAGCUUGCUGAAGUGAAUUCUGAAUGGGAUGAAGAGAGCAGUGAUGAACAGCUCAUGGAAUCAGUGGAGUCUGCAGCAGAACGCAUGAAAGAGUUGCUUUCUAGCCUGCAGGAACAAAAUCACAGCCUCCUCCUAUUAUCUCCCCUCUUGCAAUCAUUCACAUCAACAUCUGGGUCUCGAACUGGAAGUUACCCAUUUGAUACUGACAGUAAAGAGAGUACGACAGGGCCAUCUAGAAAUGGCACAUUAAACCAGCGAGACCGUGACCUCUCCACUCUGACAGUGACCCCUUCCACACAAUCUCAGAGUGCCACUCAGACUGGAGAUGAAACACCAUCUGAUGAGGAUGGAAUGUGCCAGAGUCGGUUAGCAACUUGUGGGUCUGUACUUAAUCCAACCUUCAUCUCUUCAGGGGGAAUGAACACGAGUCAGACAACAGAUGACAGUGGAGGGGACAACAACAUUUUGGUAGAUGCAGACACUCCAACAGCUGAUCGGCCUCAAAGUCCAUUUGACUGGAGACAAGUCCAGGUGAGUGAUGAUGAAGGCCGAGAAAAUGACGCCUUACAGCCAGACACGCGCACAGUUAGCACAUCACCAGACCCAGCUUUAGAGGAUGAAGAGGAACGCAUCUGUCCAAUGUGCAAUGCAGUAUUUCCUCGGGUGAUACCACAAGAAUCAUUUGAGUCUCAUGUUGUAAGUCAUUUUGAAGUUGAAAAUGGAUUUGAAGUAAUUGCCUAAUGAAAAGAAUGUGAUGUUAUCAAGUACCAGUACAUGUAGCUCAUGAUUUUGACUACUAACAAGUAAGGUUACAAGUUUGUCAGCCUUAUUGUAAUUGUAUUUUGAUAAAGAUCCCAUGAAAAUUUAGAUUAAGAAAUAUGGGUUAAUGUCACAAAAUCUUCCAUUGAGAAAUAAUCUUUAAAAAAAAUGGACAUCUUUAUUGGCUAAUAUAAAUUUUCCUCUGUGAUAACACCAUGCAAGGUAGCCUUCAUAAGAUACUUAAGAAAAUAUAUGAUGUGAGGAUAGGCUAAGGGUAACAAUAUUUCUAAACUAAAGUAUUUAUGAUUAGAUCUUGGUAAUGUAAUUUCAAGAACCCAAGAUUGUUUCAGUUUUCAGUAAUUAUGUUGAAGGAUGUGGAAGUACAUUGGUUUAACCCAUUAACGCCGGUAUAUUUUGAAGUCAAAAGUAAAACAUUGCGGGUGGCUACAAAAUCGGCGGGUGGAGCUUCCCCAGAGUCUGUCCGCCUGCUGGGCACGGCCCACUGCUGCGUCGGAGCGCGAGCCCCGAUACAGCGUCACACUGGUGAGACACCCGGCAAUGUUAAUUUUUUCAGGUGUCUCAUAUGUAGGACACCCGUCGUGAAUGGGUUAAUUAGCAGUUCAAUCCAUCCCCAAAAAUUUUAUUUUUUUUUUAUAUAUA